CGGAGUUGUGCAAGCGGCUGUGAGCAGCGCCAGGAAGCCAAGCAGGUUUUGUGAGUGCACCCCACACAGUGGAGCUGGCAGUUUAGUUGUGUAAGCAGUAUCUGCAGGAAGACAGAGGAGAGAAGGAACGAUCCAGGCAACAGGAAGACCAACUGAGGAAGUGAAGAGCACAGAGAGCCAUUGAUACAUGUCUGCUUGAGGAGGCAACUGGCAAAUUAAACUGAAAAGAAGUUGUCUUAUUGGUUGACGUUACAAGUUUUACCAUGUUUGGGACUGUGGUCGUUGGGAUUGGGAUUGCAGGAUCUGUGCGGAUCAGGGACUUGCUGAAUCCUUUGCCUUCCAGUCCUGCUGAGCAUCUCAGACUGUUGGGCUUUGUGUCUAGGAGACCUCUAGGUGAUGUUCAGAAAGUCAAGCAGAUAAGUCUACAAGAAGCUGUGGACAGCAAGGAGGUCACUGCUGCCAUCGUCUGUACAGAUAACCAGAACCACAGUGAGACUGUCAGGAUGUUCCUGGAGGCUGGGAAACAUGUCCUUGUCGAGUACCCUUUGGCGCUGUCUGCAAAGGAAGCACAUGAGCUGUGGGAGUUGGCAGAGCAGAAAGGCAAAAUCCUCCACGUGGAACAUAUUGAACUCCUGACUGAGGAGUACAAGCAGCUGAAGAAAGAGGUGGCAGGGAAGGAGCUUGUGAAGGGAACCUUGCACUUCACAGGUGGUGCAUUGGAUGAAGAACGCUCAGGGUUCCCAGCUUUUAGUGGGAUUGCUCGCCUGACUUGGCUAGUUGAUCUAUUUGGGGACCUCACUGUUGUCUCUGCCACAAGGGAAGAGCAGAAAGAGAGAAAUUACUCCAGAAUGACUGCACAGUUUCAGACUGCAAAAAAUAGGCCCCUGACUUGGAUUGAAGAAAGGGCACCCGGGAUGAAGCGGGACAAGGCCAUCAACUUCUGCUUCACAAGCGGGUGCUUGGAGAGUCUUCCCGAGGCCCCCCGCUCACAAGUUGGCAUCUUCAUGCAAGACCUGAUCCUCUUUGCCAAAAAGCUUUUGGGCCAGGCCUCCCAAGAGGAAGUGCUGGCUGAGAAGAGGCGGAUUCUGCUGUGUCUCGACCUUGCCGAAGAGAUUCAAAGGCUCUGUGAGCGGCCAGCAAACAUCUACUCUUGAAACUGCUUGGGAGUCGGGGGCUGGGCUGCUUAGAACUGCUGCUGCUGCUGCUGCUGCUGCUGCUGCUCCUCCUCCUCCUCCGGAAAUGGUUCUUUCUUCCAUUCCCUUCUAACUUUCCAGACACUCCAUUGUGACCAGUAAGACUUUUCUAACAAUUUUGGGCCAGUCCAGGUUUCCCAUGUCCUUUACAGGUUUGAUUUAACCUGGCAAAAGUGAACAGUGUACCACUUUUGGCUUGCCUUAGUGAAGGAGUUGGCAAAAUGUAGCCUUCCAGCCCUUCGGACCUUCUUUUCUUUCCCCAGGACAUACCUUCUCCCUGGCCAUAUUCCUUCACCCCUGACUGGCCUGGCUUUGUGCCCUCCAUGAGUGCUUUUGCCUGGGUAGAAUGUGCUCUUGAAGUCUGGUAAUAUACUUCUUGCUUUGCUUGGGUGGAAGACAAGAGGUGUAGGCACAUCUGUUGCCUGCUGUUCAGAGGUAAAAUACAUUUAUUCGCUUCCUCUACUUUACCUUUGGCCCUGCCCACCACUGGCAUGGGUCUCUUCUCUGAAAGCACCUUCUGACAACAGAACUACAGAUAGAGAAAAUGACAGCCCUAUGUUGCGUUUCCUGCCCUAAUCUACAGAAUGUUUAGUUGGACUUAAUCUGUGUUGUCUCUUCAGCCCACCUGUCUCUUUGGCUGUUGCUGGGAGGGCUGAGGAAAAGAUCCUCAAAAAUCUUGCUCUGCGUUACUGGAAGCAAGAGAACUUUCUAUGUGGCUGCUAUUUCCUGUAUCGUGUUUAGUUCUCACCCAUAUUAACUAGCUGACAGACAGGUAUAGGAGCUGCAGAACUACUUCCAUGAACUUAUGGCUCAGUUUUAACAUGGCUGGAGUUAAAAAUCUGCCCUCCAACUGGGUUUUACACUUAAUUGCCUUAUGCUGAAUUGGAACUUGAGAUUUCAGACCUCAUGCUUUGAUCCAGCUCCUUUCUGAGACUGAUUCCGUCUUAACCUGCCAUAAAGCAAGUGGGUCUACUCUAUUUUUGUGAGGAGAGUGCCUCCACAUGGUGGUAGUGAUCAUAGCAGGUGAACUGCUUGUUCUCAGGCUGUUCUAAUAUAAAUACCAGUUGUCACCAUGUAGAGGCAUAUUUGUGAGAAUCACCACACAAAGUGGGUCAAGUUAGCCUUGCGAUGCUUCUGCUACAUCUUGUAUUUGGAGUGGCUCUUGGUCAUUUUCCUGUCCCUAGAAACGCACAAUAAACUCUGCUAAUAUUCAGUUUUAAUUUGAAUAUAUGCGGGGGGGGGGGGAGUCUGAGAAGACAUACAAAACCCAUUUGAAGUGUUAGAAAUGAUAGAUUCACAGUGACUGCAUAGCAAGCAAUCUCGCCUGGAUCUAAAAAUUGAUUUGCAUAACGUAGACCUGAAAUUAUUUUUGGUUAUAUACAGUAGCUAUAGAAAGUACAAGAAAGAGGUUCAUUCUCAAAAGUAUACUGAAAGAUGAUUGUAUACUGAAACUUCUGAGGAUUAUGCCUUUCAUUUAGCACAGUGCUGUGUUAUUUCUGCCCAUUAUAGUCUUGCAUCUAUUUUGAAACGGCAAAACAUCUCAAGCGCUAUCGUCAAAGUAAGAUUUUUGGAAAGUCAAUUGUUCUAUUUCACUUGGGACUCUCUAAAUAAGAUGGCAUUUCAGGAUCCUUUCCGUAGUUCCAAUCAAUUCAGCCAUUUAUAAUUACUGCUAUGUUCUUGUAAACACUGACUCGCAAAUAGGAGCCUAAAUUUAUAUUCAUUUUAAAAAUGGAAGAAAACUUCCCAAUAUUGGGCUUGAAAUGCUUGUGGUCACAAGAUGGAAAUUUGUGCAAACAAGAUACUGUUCUGUGUCUCAAUAGAAUCAUAGAAUUGCAGAAUUGAGAGUCAUCAAGUCCAAACCCCUGCAAUCCAUGAAUCCAAACAUAGGGUCCCCCAUCCAAAAUGAAACCAUACUAUACCCCUGCUUGGCUUUUGCAAAUGUGCCGGGGGGGGGGUUGCUGCAUGUAGGUGUUCUGUGGCAUUUAUUGACUUAUCAAUAAAACAGCACCGCAUCUUUGUGAAGGGAGCAAGGUUGGUUGUUUUGCUUCUGUCAAGUCCCUGUGGCUGAUUGUGAGACUGGCAUGCAAAGAGACUGGCAUGUGCAGAACAAAACUAUUUGCACUUGGGAGUGCUACACCAAAACUGCCUCUCAGCUGCUUUGCUGAAUGCUUUUGGUGCUAGUUUUGCCUGCCCCUGCCAUAUUGCUUUGCUUCUGAUGAGGGCCAAUCCAAUGUUAUAUUGCCUGAAGCAAAACCAACCAACCCAAUGGCAUCCACUCUCCAUUGAUUAUUAUGGGGUACAGUUGCUGGGAAACUCUACUGUGCAAUAGCCUUACUGUACCCUGAAGGAUUGAUCUGUCUGUCGCCCAAGUCUGCUGCCUUGUGGUCAGGACACUGCUGUUUCUAACUUAAGGAAAAGCCUGCCUAAAUUGUAGUACAUGUGACCCUUAAAAGUACUUUUACUGCAAAUUCUGUGGCUGGACUAUCACUGGCUCCUCUCUUUACUCAUAGAAAUGGUCUAGAGGUGUACAGUGAGUGACAUGAAAAAUUGAGGAGGACCAUAGAUCUGGGCUGCAACAUAUUCUGUAAUCUUGAAACUCUCUUUUGGAGAUAACAGAAUUUCCCCUAUAUGCUGCUGCUUACAGUGUUUUGUUCAUGCUAGCAGACAAUUCUUUUUUUAAUGGCCAAAAUUCUAUAAACUGCCCCUUAGUGUAAACUUUAUAGGGCCAAAAUUAUUGUUAUUAUUUAUUUAAUUUAAUUUCCAUACCGCCCUGUACCUGAAGGUCUCAGGGUGGUUCACAUAAAAUGAAAGCCAUUGGCCCGAAUCAAAGGGAGCUGGGAAUUUUCACGAUAUAGAAAUAUCUUCCCAUUCCCCUGCCCCUCGCAGGGAAGUGAAGAAAGUCAGUUGUUGCCUUGGAGUUUUGGUAUUACUUACAUGGGAAAGUGUAGUGCAUUUGAGUUGGAUCCAGAGUAAGGCUGAAAAUCCUAUACCCAGUUACCAGGGAGUAAACUCUAUUGAAUUUAGUAGGAUUCAAAGAAAACAUGUAUAGGAUUACACUGUUUGUUAGUUCAACAUGAGUGCCAUUUAAACAAUCAGGACAAGUUCAUAAUGACUUAACUCUUACUGAUUUCUCUUGGAAGAAAGUUCUGUUAACUCACUCUGGAUCCAGCCCCUUGUUUUUUGAAAAAAUACUGCAGUUUUUACAAACAAAGGGCCUUUUUAUUUUAAUUUUUAAGACACAGUAUAUAUAACUGAUUUUUUUUAAAGAGAGAGUGAGAGAGAGAAAUCACUCACAUUCUGUGAUCUUCAAAGAUGGCACCUAAAUGCUAUCAUAUGCAUGUUCACUCAGAAGUAAGUCACAUUUAUCUGGGAGUAAAACCCAUUGAUUUAUGGAGGGCUUAUUUCUGUAGACAUACAUAGGAUUGCAUUGGAAGCAAUGCUAGACAAGAGUUAAGUGGAAUGUUGUUGCUGCAGUUAUCUUUGUCCAGUUUAACUAUAUUUUAUUGCUGAUAUGAAUGGAACUGAAGGAGGCAAAUUGUUGGUCAUUGUAUGCCUUUAGUGGCCGCCUCAGUUUUUUGUGUUCAGAAACGCCUCUGUUUCCUUGGAACCCUUUAUGUGAUGCACUGAAAUGCCUUGAUGCAUGCCUCAGAAACAUGAUGUUGUUGAUACAUUGUGCUAUAAAGUAUGCUGGUGAUUAUUGUAUGUGCUGCCUUGACUUUAAUAAAGACAUCUGAGCUCAAUUUA